AUGACUAACUACGCAAGUAUUGCUAAUUUCAAGACCGAGGAAAGUGUUCUUGUAAGAGAAAAGUGUGUGAUAUGUUUUGGAUCGGCGUUGGGGAUGAAUUAUGGGGCAUUGACUUGCUCCGCGUGCAAGAUGUUUUUCCGAAGAUCUGCUGAGAAAAAAUUGAGCUACAACUGCAAGAAGGACAAUCAGUGCUCAAUUGCUCAACGGAAAUGCCGAGCUUGUCGUUUUCAAAAAUGCCUGAACUUUGGCAUGACAUUUUACUCAUUCCGGGGACAACUUGCUCAAAAUUUUAAUAAUCUCGAUCAGAAGCUGGAGCUCCUUUUAAAAGAGCUAACAAUAAAAGAUGGGAAAAACUACACAAAAUUCAUCAACUACUACUCAAAUGAGGACCCUUCUUUAGUGGAUGUUCUAAAAAACUCGAAUGUGAUGAAAAUGAAAAAGCGGACACCUCACACCGUCACCGAUUCCCAUGACUGGGCAUUCUUGGGGAUCCAUGCGAGGAUUUCCUAUUUUAUGGAUUUCGAGUUCAUAAAUAAGUUGAGUUUGAAUGACAAAGUAAUCCUUUUCAAAUACAAUGCUCUACGCAUGGGAUGUAUGACUGAAGCAAUGCGAUGCUUCACUGCAAAAAGAGCAUAUUUGGUAACUCCAAGCGGUGAAGAUGUCUACCUGCCGAUAUUUCGUAGAAUAUUCGAAAAGACUCCGGCGCUUUUGGAUCAGACAUCUUGCAUGGUGCUUUAUAAGUUUAUAGAGUUGAAUAUUACAAAUGAGGAGUGCAUUCUAUUGGCGCUGAUUUUCUUUUGCAAUCCUGCAAUUUCCGAUGAGCUAUCUGAAAAAGCUAAGGAGACACUAUCCCGACAUCAAAAGCGUUACUGCUCUGCAUUGCUCCAAUAUUGUCAGUCAACAUGCCAAAAAUCCGCACCUUCUCGGCUCACUGACCUCCUAUCCUUGUACAAUGUCACCAACAAGGCUUAUGACGGUUUUCAAUACCUUUGCAUGACUUUCCAAUGUCUUGCACCAGAUUUUAGAGGGAAACAACUCGUAUAUGAUACUUGUUUGGACAUCGAGAAAAAUAAUAGUAAAGAAAAUUCGUCUCAGAAGGUGCAGAAGCAAAAUCAGAAAAUAAAUGGAAUCUUUUAA